CUUCGGGUGAAUUCAGUUUAGUUGAAGUGCAGUUCCAGCCAGAAUCUCACCAGAGAAUGCUCAAGCUUUUCGUGUUUUUCGCCCUACUGAGUGGAGGUUUGACUGCCACAGUCAUUUACCAUCACCCGGUGAUCUACCAUCAUCCCCUGCCGGUUGCCUCCGCUCGCCAGGAGUUGGAUCAACAUCCUGGCUACACCAUUGUGGCACCUCUCACCAAGAUUGCCCACGUCACCUACGAUUCCGUGCCCAUUUCGCACACGCCCUACGAGCAUGUUCCACUUUUCCAGCGAAUUGGUCAUGUCAAGAAUAAGAGGUUUUAACACGGAAUAAAAUGUAUAAUAUAUAUGAAAUAUAUUUAAAA